AUGUCAUUCACGGAGAAUUGUACAGAUGAUUAUGUUGCUUUGCGUGAGCGCAAUGCUACUGGCGAAUAUAUACUGGAGCCAUCAUGCAUUUGGAAUGCGGUACGUGGCAAACAUUUCACGUCAGUACGAAACGUGAUGGAUGUUGCAUUCCGGUCGAACAAUUCAGUUGGGCGAUCAAGUCGGCUGUUUUGUCUGGAAAGAAAGUGCGGGUUUCAGCUGAAUAUUGCAUCAAGUAAAAUAGAGUGUGGAGGAGACAUAAGCGAUGACGCGGGUCGGAUUACGACCCCUGGUUACCCUGGUCAACUGCACCCGCAUAUCUUUUGUGAAUGGUUAUUCAGAGCAGGAAUCGGCUACCGCUACGUCUUCGACUUUGCUUUCAUAAAACACGAGAAUUUCUACAGAACGGCUUACAAUCGGGUAGGCUGCUAUCCAGAUAUACAUUUUGCUAACGGCUUGAACACACUGACGGAUUACUAUUCUCUUCCGCAUCGUAGUUUUUGUUCGAACAGAACACGGUUCGUCUCUGCCACAGACUUUGUCACACUGCGUUUUGACGACCGUUUUAUCAGUUAUGAGAAGCAAAGCAUGAAGGAGCAAGGUGUGCCGCUGGAAAAAAUUUAUGCUCCUUUUCGAAUCGACUACUUGAAGGUGCGUUGCGUUUGA